AUGGCAAGGGGCGAGCUACCCUACAAAGUUAAGGAACUCCCAAAGAAGCCAUAUGAUCGCUCGAAAGGGGGCAGCGAGGUUGCUGAAAGCAGGCUCCCAUGUCCACAAAACGUGGGUGAUGAUGUGGACCCACAAGGACUAACAGAUAAAGGGCCAGCCAAAGGGAGAAACCACCCUCCCCAUAAUCUAAGGAGACUAAGUUCUCCCAUGAUCCCAUUCUUUGAUCAGAAAGCUAGGAUUCUGGGCUUUUCUUUCCUCUUACUCGUUUCAGAUCCUAUUUCUUCUCCUUCAGCUUUAGUGCACAAAACGGGGCUUGCAAUUUCUCUUCAGGAGUUCUAUAAGGUUGGAUUGGAGUGUUAUGGUUAUUGGAAAAAGUAUGGAAAUUUGUUUUAG